UCUCCAAACGCGUGACCUUUUCCCUUCCUCUUUCUUCACCACCUCUCUCUCAAAAAAAAAGGGAGAAUUAGAAGAGGAACACCCAAAGGCUAAAACCCAUGGCCGUUCUGGUCUACCACAUCUUCGCCUUCUUCGCCCUGUCCUCCUACGGCCUCUACCACCUCAUCUCCGCCACCCGGGCCCAUCUCAAACACCCUUCCCCUUCCUCCUCUUCCUCCGCCACCCGCGGCGCUGCCGCCGCUGCCGGCGACUACUCCGCCCAUCCCUACUACCCCCUCCCCCUCCCCCCCCACCGCCACCACCUCCUCCGCCACCUCCCCCUCUACCUCGCCGCCAUCUCUCUCCUCAUUGCCAUCGCGCACUACGCCUUCCUAUCCCCCGCCGCGGCCGACGGCCGCUCCCCCGUCCACCGCCUCGCCGCCCUCCAGUCCGCCGCCGCACUCCUCCUCUUCCUCCUCCUCGCCGCCGCCACCCUCCUCCUCCCGCACCCUCUCACUCCCGACCUCCUCUUCCUUCUCGCUUCCCUCGCCUUUGCCCUCCUCUCCGCAGCCUCCGCGCACUCGGCCGCCGCCUACCAGACCUCCGACCUCCAGGCCAAGUGCGACUCCCUCUCUGCCACCGUCUCCGCGGCCUCCGCCGCCGCCUGCCUUGCCCUCGCCCUCCACCCGCGCUUCUUCACCGCCGAGCUCGCCCUUGCGGGCGCCAUCGUCCUCCAGGGCCUCUGGUCCCUCCAGUCCGGCCUCUCCCUCUACGUCGACGCCUUCAUCCCCGACGGCUGCCACUGCCUUCUCGACGUCCCCGCUGGAUCCGCCACCCGCUGCGACGUCGAGGACUCCCGCCUCCGUGCCGCCGCCAUCCUCGACCUCGCCUUCGUACUCCACGCCGCCCUCGUAGCCGCCGUCGCUGUCCUCGUUUACGCGGUCGUCUCCAGGGCCUCCGUCGCCGUAGGGGGCCUCGGUAGGAGGUUCAAUGGCGGGUCCUACGAGGCCUUGCCCACCUCCUCCUCCACGGGGGCGGUUGGCGAUCUGGACCACGUCCAGAUGAAGCAGCUCGCAAAGAAUUCGACGCAGGCCUGAGGUUUUCCUGGGACGGUACCAAAAUGGAUGGAAAUGGCGUGAUCCCUUGUAGAAAAAAAUAGGUUUUUAAAGGGCAUUGUAGCUUCCUUUGUAUGGAUAUUUGCAGCAUUCUGAAAUCCUUCUCGACGAUCCUCUUAAGAAUGGGAAUUUUUAUCUCUGGCAUUUUUUCUUUGCCUUUUAAGCAAACCCUCUGUACUUGUUUUGUGGAAAUGAAAUCACCGAACUUUCUUCUUGUUUAUGAA